UAAGUGAUUAUUUUAAACAAUAGAAAGUUUACUUGAUCAAAAAUUUACUACAAAGUGAUGAAUAGAUUUGUACAAGUGUUGAAAUUAAAAGAGAAGAAAUCAAUUCGAUUGCGCUCGCUCACAACUUGCCAAAAUUUGCGUGUGCUUUUAAGUAACGUUGUCGGUCUUUCGUCACCUGCCAAAGAGUCAACCGAGAGGAGAUUGCCGGAUCUAUAUAAAGUUAAUUGUGGGACAUUAAUAAGGAAUUUCGCUACUUUGUCCAGCAAAAUGAAGAAAGAGAAGCAAAAGAACGUUGCGGUCGAUGGUGGCAAGAAAGUUAAAGAGCUUAAUCCUUGGCCUGAUUAUAUUGAAGAGCGCAACAAAUUGUGGGAAAAAUGUAAAGCAGAAUAUCUGGCUGAAGUUGCGGCCAAACCGCGAAAUCCUAUUAAAAUUACAUUGCCAGAUGGCAAACAAGUUGAUGGAACAUCGUGGGAGACUACACCCUAUGAAGUCGCCAAAGGCAUUAGUCAAGGCUUAGCUGAUAAUACUGUAAUUUCUAAAGUUAAUGGUGAAGUAUGGGAUUUGGAUCGGGUGUUGGAAGGCGAUUGUACUCUACAUUUACUUAAAUUUGAUGAUCCUGAUGCUCAAGCGGUUUUCUGGCAUAGUUCAGCUCAUAUAAUGGGUGAAGCAAUGGAGCGCAUUUAUGGUGGUCAUUUGUGCUAUGGCCCCCCAAUUGCGGAAGGUUUUUACUACGAUAUGCAUUUAGAUGGGGAAGGCAUUUCUACCAAUGACUAUCCCGUUAUGGAAGGUUUAGUGAAGCAAAUUGUUAAGGAAAAGCAACCAUUUGAACGUUUGGUAAUGAAGAAGUCCGAUUUAUUGGAAAUGUUCAAGUACAACGAGUUUAAAGUACGCAUUCUCAAUGAAAAAGUUCAGACCGAUACCACGACAGUAUAUAAAUGUGGACCUUUAAUUGAUUUAUGCCGGGGCCCACAUGUUCGGCAUACGGGCAAAGUGAAGGCUUUAAAGGUAACGAAGAAUUCGUCCACCUACUGGGAAGGUAAAGCUGAUGCCGAAACUUUACAACGAGUAUACGGCAUUUCCUUUCCCGAUCCUAAGCAACUGAAGGAAUGGGAAAAGUUGCAAGAGGAAGCAGCUAAGCGUGAUCAUCGAAAGAUCGGCAAGGAGCAAGAAUUAUUCUUUUUCCACGAACUGUCACCAGGUUCAUGCUUUUUCUUACCUAGGGGUGCCCACAUCUAUAAUACUUUAAUGAACUUCAUUAAGUCUGAGUAUAGAAAAAGAGGCUUUCAAGAAGUUGUAACCCCAAACAUCUACAAUUCAAAGUUGUGGGUUACCUCAGGUCAUUGGCAGCACUACGCCGAAAAUAUGUUUUCAUUUGAAGCGGAAAAGGAAACGUUUGCUUUAAAACCUAUGAACUGUCCAGGACAUUGUCUUAUGUUUGAUGUACGAAAUCGAUCAUGGCGUGAACUGCCCUUGCGCAUGGCCGACUUUGGUGUAUUGCAUCGCAACGAAUUGUCUGGAGCUUUGACUGGCCUCACUCGUGUGCGUCGUUUCCAACAGGACGAUGCCCAUAUAUUCUGUGCACCCGACCAAAUAAAGAGUGAAAUGAAGGGAUGCUUGGAUUUCUUGCGACAUGUCUAUACCAUUUUUGGAUUUUCCUUCAAUUUGGUUCUUUCCACCCGACCUGAAAAAUAUUUAGGGGAGUUGGAGCAAUGGAACGAUGCCGAAAAGGCUUUAGCCGAAUCUCUCGAUGAAUUCGGAAUGCCAUGGAAAGAGAAUCCAGGCGAUGGUGCUUUCUAUGGCCCUAAAAUCGACAUUACCAUAAUGGAUGCCCUGAAAAGAGCUCAUCAGUGCGCCACAAUACAAUUGGAUUUCCAACUUCCAAUUCGUUUCAACCUGAACUAUAUUGCCGAUGAUGGGGAAAAGAAACGACCCGUCAUUAUACAUCGAGCCAUUCUCGGCUCCGUUGAGCGCAUGAUUGCAAUUCUUACAGAAAAUUACGCAGGUAAAUGGCCAUUCUGGUUGUCGCCUCGACAAGCGAUGGUUGUUCCCGUUGGUCCACAAUUUGAUGAAUAUGCCCAAUCUGUACGGGAACAAUUGCAUGCCGCUGGCUUUAUGGUCGAAGCAGAUUGUGAUGCUGGCGAUACAAUGAAUAAAAAGAUUCGUAAUGCUCAGCUGGCCCAAUUCAACUUCAUUUUGGUGGUUGGCGAAAAAGAACGCUCUUCAAACACGGUUAAUGUGCGUACCCGUGAUAACAAAGUUCACGGUGAAGUGUCUGUAUCGGAUUUGUUAACUAAAUUGCAGAAAAUACGCGAUGAUUUCGUUACCAAUGAAGACAAUUUUUAAAUAUCUCAUUACUUUUGUUAAUUUUCUUCUUAUUUAUUGCAUUACAAUAUAUUUGCAUUGUAACUCUACUUCAAUAUGGAACUUCAAUGGAACUAGAUGCUACAUUUAAUCACUUAAAGCCAGUAAUAAUAAUAAAUAUAUUGUUCGUCUCUCCAUACCAUAACAGUGGUGUGUGAAAUAAAUACACUCGGAAGCGGACAACAAUAAA